GCUCGACUCCAAAACCCUAGUAGCAUCGUGGCAAACCGAGUCCACCACCGCCCCCGUCUCUGCCCUCCCAACAAGAGGCGCAAACCCCGACCCCCACUCCUCCGCUUCGCUUCAUCUCCAUGGGCAGAGUUCUAGCCGAUGACAUGGCUCCUUCGAUCGAUCACGAAACCCUACACGUAGCUAUGGAGGAGGAGAAGAAGAAGAAUAAGAAGAAGAACAAAGAAUUCGAAAACGGUGAAGCCCUAACCCUAACUCCGGAUUCCACGGAGAACGGCGGCGAGGAACACAUGAACGGGACCAAGAAGAAGAAGAAUAAGAAGAAGAAGAAGAGAAAGAUUGUUGAAGCUGAGCUCGACUCUUCCUCCAAGAAUUCAGGAACCCUCGGAAAUGAUUCCGAGAAGACGAAGAAGAAAAAGAAGCGGGAGGGUGAACAAGGAGCGAUCUCGAAGGAGGAACCGGCGUUGGAUUCGAGGAGGGAGAGGAAGCAAGUGGAAGAGGGGGGAACGCAGGGAGAGGGUCCGGAAGCGGGAGGGGGCGGAGGUGUGAUUGUUUCUGGGAAUAACACGUCGGAUCCCAAGUACAAGGCAUUGAGCUCGUUUGCCGAGUCUGGGCUUCCGGCGAAGGUUCUUGAUUGCUGCAAGGACUUCAGCAAACCAUCGCCUAUUCAGUCGCAUGCGUGGCCUUUCCUCUUGGAAGGGCGAGAUUUCAUCGGGAUUGCUGCCACUGGAUCUGGAAAAACCCUGGCAUUUGGUGUACCAGCAUUAAUGCAUAUUCUGAAGAUUAAGAGUGAGAAAACAUCAAAAAAGACAGUUCCUCGAUGCCUUGUAUUGUCACCUACGAGGGAAUUAGCUCAGCAAAUUGAAGACGUUUUAAGUGAUGCUGGGACUCUUCCUGGUAUAAAAUCAGUUUGUUUGUAUGGUGGGACUUCCAAGGGACCACAAAUUUCCUCUCUGAAAUCUGGAGUUGAUAUAGUUGUUGGAACUCCUGGUCGUAUGAAAGAUCUGAUUGAAAUGGGUGUUUGCCAGCUGAAAGAUGUGUCCUUUGUGGUUCUUGAUGAAGCAGACAGAAUGCUUGAUAUGGGAUUUGAGCCAGAAGUCCGUUCAAUAUUAAAUCAAACAUCAUCUGUUAGGCAGAUGGUGAUGUUUAGUGCAACAUGGCCCUUAGCUGUUGACCAGUUAGCUAGAGAGUUCAUGGAUCCGAACCCUGUGAAGGUUGUUGUGGGGUCCGAGGAUCUCUCAGCUAAUCACGAUGUGAUGCAGAUAGUAGAGGUCUUGGAAGAUCGACAACGGGAUUCUCGCUUAGUUACCUUGCUAGAAAAAUAUCACCAAUCACAGAGAAAUCGGGUCUUGGUUUUUGUCUUGUACAAAAAGGAAGCUGCUCGUGUUGAGAAUAUGCUCCAAAGGAGGGGCUGGAAGGCUGUUUCUGUGCAUGGAGACAAAGCUCAACAUGAUAGAACGAAGGCAUUAUGUUUAUUCAAGGAGGGAAAGUGUCCGUUAAUGAUUGCCACAGAUGUAGCUUCUCGGGGAUUGGAUAUUCCUGAUGUUGAAGUAGUUAUCAAUUACAGCUUUCCUCUGACCACCGAAGAUUAUGUACACAGGAUAGGAAGGACAGGGCGUGCUGGUAAAAAAGGUGUUGCACAUACGUUCUUCACCAAGGAAAAUAAGGGCCUUGCCGGGGAGCUUGUUAAUGUUCUCCGAGAAGCUGGGCAGACUGUACCAACAGCCCUUACCAAUUUUGGCACUCAUGUGAAGAAAAAGGAGUCGAAGCUUUAUGGAUCACACUUCAAAGAGAUUACCGUAGAUGCUCCAAAGUCCACUAAAAUUACAUUUACUAAUUCAGAUGAUGAAGAUUGACUGUGCAGCCGGAUGAUGCUUUUAUGGCUGGGCCAGCAUUCAGAUAGGCUGACUUGUGUUUUUUACUGGUGGGCUGUAGAACGCUAUCAGAUUAGAGAUAUCGUUUACUCCUGACACGAAGAUAUUUAUAUGCUAAACUAAAGUGGCGAAAAUAUUUCUCCAGGAGCGGGAGGGAAGGAAUGAUCUGAAGAAACUCGAUUAACCACUAUGCUGGUUGUGGAAAGCAAAUAUAGUUCCUUCCGAUAUAAGAUUUGAAUCCGUUUCCCACAGUUAAAUCUCCUGUUACUCAAAUGAACGAGCGUGGCUCGAUAUUUAUUGUUUUGUUUUCUUUUCUGUUUGACGAAACAUCAAUUCAGAGGGUCACAUGACCCACCCCAAGUGGGCAGUAUUUAUGCUUUAUAAAUGGAAGUGCUGUUUGAUUUGGGCUGCA